UUCUUCAAAACACAACCAGCUGUCGAUCUGACAACAGCGCAAAACAAAGCGUUUAAUUGUUAUUGAAAAUAAAAGUUCUGCGAGUGAGGCACGAUUGGUUCGACGGGGCUUCCCUAUUGCUUCUAUCAGAGUUCAUCAGACGCCAAUUUGGACAGCAACAAGUGGAUAUACACAAACUUAUACCUCAAUAGCAACAACAUUUGUAUAGAUGAAGCCAUUCACACUAACGUUUGUAAAAGCUCAUCAACUAACACAUUUGGACACCUGAUUAAAGUGGCGAUCAGCAUUUCGGUGAUUUUUUUGCGUGCCAUUAGACAUUAGCAGUGGAAAGAAACAGUAAUUUACAAAACACACACGCGCUUACACACAGAUACAUACAUACAUAUACAAUGGGCGUACGUGUAAUUGAGACAGACUCAGCGAGCGAUUCGUAUGACGAUGAGGAAUGCUCAACUUGUAACUCGAGUCACAAAAACAAAACCAGUCAUGCCAAAAGAACCGCCAACACAGCCGGAAGUGACGCCAGCUCUUUUACACUAUCGAGCCGGGAUCUGGUUGGCAACUGCAAGGAGUACCGCAUUGAGAACAACACGCGGGAUCUGCGCAUCAUCGGAAAUGGCAACCGUGUGCGCAUUGUUAACAACUCCGGCAAACUACAGCUAAUUGGAAAUCAAAAUAGACUGAAGAUUCAGCAGAACAGCGGCCACAUCAAGUAUACGGGCAACGAUGGACGCAUCUAUAUAGGCAGUGAGUCGUCCCAACAGACUGUCGAUUACAUUGGCUGCAACGGCACGUUGAAGGUGGUCAAAUCGCUGCUGCUACAAAACCACAAGACGAGUAAGCCAACUAAAAGUGGCAAGAACUCAACAAAUGCAACUCCUACAGCCAAGUCGACUGUGGAAAUUGGAAACAAGCUUACUAUUGUUAAUGGCAUUGCUGGCAAUAUUGUGAUCAAGAAUGCAAUCAAUGUGAGCAUUUAGAAAUUCACAUUGAUAGCGAUUUUCUAUAUGUAUGCGUGUCUCUUUCUCUGGGGGGCUUCCCCCAAAACAACAAUCCAAAGUUUAAGCUAAGUAACUUGCCUGUUAGCGUAGCAAGCACAAGCAUUAGUACGUGGCCAGUACAAAUGGUUCCUAUAUGUUUAAUAGUCAUUAGCUAUUGAUCUACACACAUGUAUUUGACUGAUUCACAGGCAUUGAAAAGUAUUAGACGCCAUGUAUCCAUUAUUGUAUUCAUUAUAACAAAUCUAUUAAUAUGCUUAUUAUAGCCUGGGUUCAUUCUAUGAAUGACCUCACAAAUUAUAUA